CAUUGAGGUCGGAAAUUACAUGUGUCUGCUCUGUGACCGGGAGUUUUCUACUGAAAGAGCAUUGCUUCAUCACUGCAGAGAAACCACUCGUCACUGCUGGUGUGAAAGAUGUGUUCGCGUGUUCCCUUCGCUACCAGCCAAGGCUCAGCAUCUUCGGCAAUCAAACGCACACUAUAUCUGUCAGCUGUGCGCUCACAGACCGGACUUCAUAUCUGAGGAUGAACUUGAAGACCAUGAAAUAGAUUAUCAUCACCUUUGUGUUGAUUGUGGUCUUUACCAUAAUUCCAAGGAGCAGCUACGCCUCCACGAUGUCGACGUCCAUAACCUUUGUGUGGAGUGUGAUGAAUACUACUCUAGCAAAAAUAGUUUACGGAUGCACCAGCAAAAGCACCAACCUCGAAUUCUAGAAUGUUACGGUCGUCGAUGUAACCAAACGUUCAAGUCGAUCUCCGGAAUGCUGAUCCAUUUGGAAUCAGGAUACUGCGAAUCGAGCUCAGCUGAGGACUAUAUUCACGAUGUAGCUCGCGAGUGUUACCAGAACCAAAAAUACAUCAUGCAUACUCUUGACGGCGGGUGGCUUUACUUCUGCUCUGCUUGUGACAAAGACUUUAGGUACCUCUCUGCUCUGUGGCAACAUUGCGAGGAUUCCUUAAGCUGUUCUUAUCUUCUCCAAGGCCAGCAAUGCUUGGCCAAGUUACAACGAUAUCUUUAUCGUAAAUUACGGUGAUUACGCUAUUUCGAUCGGAACCAGGCAGUGUUGGUAUAGUAUUCAAGUAACUGUUGAGUCAAACGAGUUACAUAGCAUAUAUUUGGAGAAUGG